AUUCUAGGUAGUAGUUUUGUGUUGUCUUUCUUUACCACUUUUGGCCAUUUCCUCUGUGGGCAGAAAGUCAAGGAAGACUGAAAGAGGCAUACCAUAGUGUUUGCAUCUGUGUGUAUCUGAAGAUCGACUCAGAGUCGGAUCGGAUUGGUCCCAAAAAUGUGGGCUUUUCCCUUUGUAGCAGAAGGUGUUGGUGCAGCUGCCUCUCUUUCAUCAUCAUCUUCAUCAUCAGUUGCUGCCAAUUUAUUCGCUCUCAACCUAUCUGUGAAUCUGGGCUUCAACAAAAUCCAAUUCCACUCUUUUCCCACUUUCAGUGCUUACCCUUCUCCUGGUUUUCUCUCCCCUCUUCCCAGAUCAGGUCCAAUUUUGCCCCUUUCUUGUCUUUUUUAUUUGCACUUAUCAUUUCCCGAGCACAUACAACAUAUAUGUAUUGUAAUAUUUACGGAUAUGGUUUUUUACAGUUCCAAUGUGGGACAUUUUACUUAAAGUGUACUGUGUACAUGCAUGGUUAUACCAGAUGCUACAUUUGAUCUUCUACAGGAGUUAUCCGAUGGAUGAACUUCGAUUGUCUUUUUGUUUUUUUUGAAGAAUUGACUUUUGUGGAAGAUUUCCAUUAUGUCAUCCUUUAUCGAUAUGGUUGUAUGAUGAUACAAGUUCUGAUGUUAGCAUUGAUCAACAACAGUUAGAGUAUGCUACAUGUCAUUGUAGGGCUAGUCAAAUAGCUGAACUCUUCCCAGCGGUGUCACCUGAUAUAGUUAUUAGAGAGGCAAGGUUGGAAGACUGGUGGGAAGUGGCUGAGACCCAUUGCAGCUCCUUCUUCCCAGAAUACUCUUUUCCUCUAGAUUUUGUGUUAAGGUUGGACAGGCUGAUGGGAAUGCUUUUUGGAUUCUCCAUACCUAAUGGCUGUGAGAGAACAUGUCUAGUUGCUGUCAUUGAGCGAAGCUCAGAGGAAGAAGGUUCCUUCUUAUUUGGAAGUAAUGAAGAAUUAACAAUUGGGAGCAUUAAUGGAGGAAUGAGUCUCAUGGAUAAAGGUUAUGUGUCCGGGAUAUUGACUGUGGACACUGUCGCUGAUUUUCUUCCCCGGAAAGGACCAUCAUGGCAGAGAAGGGAAUGGAAACAAAUAUACUACGUACUACGUUUGCACAAACAAAAACACACUUAAGCCUCUGUCUGCAUAAGUUAUAUUGCCUCCUGAGAAAAGGUCAUGCUUCUAAUACUUGAGUAGUUUAACAUGUUAAUCAUGUGUAGAAGAGGGAUAGCGUACAUAUCAAAUGUUGCUGUUCGGGAGAGCUUCCGUAGGAAGGGCAUAGCAAAAAAGCUCAUUGCAAAAGCCGAGGCUAAGGCCCGUAGCUGGGGAUGCUGUGCCAUUGCAUUACAUUGUGAUGCCACUAACCCUGGAGCCACAAAACUAUACACUAGUCAGGGGUAUAAAUUCAUUAAAGUUCCAGAUGGAGCUAACUGGCCUCAACCAAGGAUCUCUUCAGAUGUUCAAUUUAGUUUCAUGAUGAAGCUUCUUUAAACACUAAAGUCAGAUGUAGUAAUUAGAAAAGUAAUUUAUAUGUGUAAAUACAAGGGACAGCAUAUUUGAAAUGCAAGAGCUUUAUUGUAAUGGUUAUCCUCUCCAAAUUGGAAUAUUUGUAGAAUUAGUGUUUGGUUUCUUUGUUAUAACUGAAGCAUAUUGCUUCCAAUAUGUGGUCAUGUUGUAAAGUUAAUUACUACGCAAUAUAAUCCAGUUUAUAUUGUUAUAUAUUAACCUUUUUUUUGAAUAAUUGUUAUAUACUAACC